AUGACAGUGUGGGAGCAUUAUGUGAAUAUCAAGGGCAGCACUCACUUGGCCGGCUUCUUCAUAUUUUUUUUCCUGCUGGGAGUGUGGCUCGUCAUCACAUCCAUAGGCAGGCGGAGUCUCAUCAUUGACUUGAACGAGAACGAGUAUGAGUUCUACAUCUAUCGCUACCUGAUGCACAAGGGCCCCCUGGACGAAAUCUACAUUCGGCUCAAGUCUCAGAAGACUGGUCAGGGAGUGUUCUACUACAGUCUGAUCCUCAAUGGUCCUCACAUUGAAUUACUGAAUCUGACUGGGAUCAAGUUGUCCCAGAACGCAGAGAAGCUUGAAAGGCUGGGAUUGCGACUGUCUACAAAGUUAAAUCUGAACUACUUUGAUUGUUUUGAUGUAUCGCCCAGACACAGUAUUAGACACUGGCCGCAUUAAAGGAACGAAGACCAGCGAAAGGAGCUGGCAGUUCGGACUGGACACGCAUCAGAAUAAAAUCGCCUCCAUGGCUUGUGUUUCACACCUUGAGUUUCAAACACCAUCUCCACUCCGUGUCACCCUCCUAUGGUUCCUGGGCCCCUCAUCAUGGGAAUCUGUCCUGUAGU